UUUUCUCUUUCGUCUCUUUCGCAGGGCCUCUCCGCUUCGAGGAACGGACUCCGAUCUGGUGAUCCCGCGAAUUCAGGGCUCUCCUCGACAGGACGGCUUUCUCUUCUUCUCAACCGAGCCGCCUUCUGACUGUGCUCUUUCUCUCUUUGUUUCUCUUCCUCUUAAUCGUACAGGAUGGAUGAUAGACAAUAGCCGGGUAUAGCUUCUUUUUUUAACCGGACCGCCCGCCCGGCGUUCUUUUUUUAAUUGUACAUAACUAUAUGUAUGUGUACUGGGACGUGUCGAGUGUGUAGACAAUGCUUCGAAUUAAGAAGAGAAAGAGAAAGAAAGAGAGAGACAGAUUUUCCGCUUUAUUCGAACCGCUUGUCUUUUUUUUUUUUUUGUAGAUACAGGAUGUAUGCUAGACAAUUCAAGGUUUUCGCGAUGCGACGCACGUCGAAGGUGUUUUACGCCGCUCGGUCGUACGGAGAACGCCCGUCGGGAAACAUACAAACGCAUUUAAUCGCGAGAAGUCGCGGCAUCGAUCGUUUACCGAGGUAUUUAUCGACAUAACGCAUCGCUCUGACUCAUUGGAAACUUGCUAAUGAAGCUUUUAAAAGAAAUCUUGAGAGAGAGGAACAGAGAGAGAGAGAGAGAGAGACUCUCUUUACACGCGCGCGCGGCAUAAAGAUUAAAGAAUAUGCCUGUCACGAUCACGUAUUGUUCAUGUAAAUGCAAAUCUAAAUGCAGAUAUUAUACAUUUUUCAUGUCAACAAUGAUAUUUUUUCAAGUUAACUAACGGAGUAUAUAUUCUUCUUUCCCGCGGCGACGGCGGCGGCAGGCAUCACCUGAGGCACGAUGAGGCACCUCGAGCCUCGAAUGCACGAAUGGCUUGAAUUAGUCGAAUUUCGUGAUGACGAUGUUCUACAGUUCUACCAGCAGCGGUGACGGGCGAGGUUGCCUAGCGACGUUACGAAUCAACAAACGAGCCACCCGAGAUCAUUGACAGCCGCCGUAGCUUAUUCAGCGUUCCGCAGUUCCGAUUCAGUUUUUGUAACAAUAAUCAAGUGAGAAAUGGCGAAAGAGAGAAUGAAAAUAGCGGCGAGCUACAGAGUGAACGAACCGAUACGUAACUUGAAGAUAAGAGUGCGAGUCGUGCAGGAGAGGUCCCCGCUGGCCGAGUUGCUAGCCGAGGAGCCUGAGUGCGGCGAGACCAGAGACUCCAAUUUCUUGGAGGAGGAGGACCAUAUUUUUAGCUGGCAGGACAAGGUGUUCGGCCCGUUCGAGAUCGAUUUCUAUGCAGACGAGAAGAAUUGCCUGACCGAUUGUCAGCGUGAGUGCCACCGGCGUAUACGCGACGAGCAGCUGCAAGGUUCACGUUUGUACUCGUACACGGAAAACGACCCCUAUUAUGCCGAUGACGACCUCCUGACGGUGCCUUACAGAUCGUAUUUGUCCGUGAAGAACGAGACCGCGUUGCCAGCCAUGCGGAAUCGCAAAACCUUCCGGGAGCGAUAUAACAAAAACGUGGUGGAUGACAAAAUCACGGAUACCAAGAUCCGAUCGAGCCAUUAUCUUUAUACCGAACGUACCACCAUGCGCGUGAUGGCCGAUCUUUCGCGCAAGGACGAGCCCGCGAUCAUCGGGUCGACGGACUCGGAGACGCUGCUCUGCACGGUGACGUACGACAAGGCGCGCAAACUGCUGACGAUUAGCCCCGAUUUCACGAUCGACGACGAGCAGCACUACAACGUCACCAACGGUUACGGCGUCAAGUUUAAUUAUCAAAUCGAGCACGUUUCCGAGGGGCGAACACCGCUGGAAUUGCAGGAGCACCGCGAAAACGCGCGGCGUGAAGUACAACAGCAGCUUGCUCAUAAAGAAGCAGAGUUAUACAAGGAGUUAGAAUUGCCACCACCAAAUUCAUCCACACUAUUCAUAUGCUUGGAUAUUGCGUCAGCUCAUGGCUUCUCUUAUGACGGAUUGUUUGUUACCUAUUUCAUCGAUUUGCCGCAACAUUGGAGUACAAAACAGAAAGAGAGAUUGUUCGGCAGAACUCAGAAGUGCCUUUUAGAAAACAGAACGGCGCAUUUUAGUUAUUGUACGGACAUAUCCUUGCAUUAUCCGUCAAAUGAAUUUCAACAAUCAAGCGGCGGUGCAUCGUCACUCUGGCCUCGUCUGUUACUCUCCGCCGCAUCUCUGGAUAGUUGGACCAGGUAUCGAAUAGAGGGUUACGCCGCAUUGCCAAUACCAAUGACGCCUGGUAGAUACAAAUUUACAGUUCCUACGUGGCGCGCAAAAGGAAGUAUUAUCGACACCUUGAGACGAUUUUUUGUUGGUGGCUCUUACGAGCUGGAGGAUAUAACAUAUUGUGGUAUUCCAAUGGGCCACGAGGGCAAAGUUUUAGACAAAUCAAACUUGAAAGUCGUACCGAGCGGAGAUAUUGUAAUUUAUAUGAAUAUAAUACUACAAAGUAGUACGCACACAAAACGUUCCAAUUAUCAAAGAGAUGACUCGGAUAAAGUGAGCACCGAUACACUUAUGAAUAACGUUGAAAAUGUCCUUGAACAAUUUAAAGCGGCUAAAGAACGUAUGAUACGAAUAAGAGCGAUGAAUUCUUAGAGUUAAAUUAUUCUAGAAUUCUAAUGACGAUUAAAAAAAGACUGAUCGAUAAAAUUAAUAUCUGUCGUAAUUUAAUUUUAUAUUAAAUAAUAAUAUACAUUUAAAACAGUACAUGUAUUAUAAUGUAAAUUAAAAUGGAAAUUUAAUUGUAUGAAAUAUAGUAAGAGAAAUAUAAGAGAUGAUUUUAUA